CGCCGGGCCCGCCGCCCUCGGGAAAGGCUCGAGCGCCGCCGCCGCCGCCGCCGCCGCACGGGAGCCGCCGCCGCGCUCGCGAGCCCAGUGCAGCCGCCGCAGACCGCGUCCAGGAAACCAACAUGUCUGACAAAAGUGACUUAAAAGCUGAGCUAGAGCGCAAAAAACAGCGCUUAGCGCAGAUAAGAGAAGAGAAGAAACGGAAGGAAGAGGAGAGGAAAAAGAAAGAAGCCGACAUGCAGCAGAAGAAGGAGCCGGUUCAGGAUGACUCUGACUUGGAUCGCAAGCGCCGGGAGACGGAGGCUCUGCUGCAGAGCAUCGGGAUCUCGCCGGAGCCCCCUCUAGUCCCAACCCCUAUGUCUCCCUCCUCGAAAUCAGUGAGCACUCCCAGUGAAGCUGGAAGCCAGGACUCAGGCGACUUGGGACCAUUAACAAGGACCCUGCAGUGGGACACAGACCCCUCAGUGCUCCAGCUGCAGUCAGACUCAGAACUUGGACGAAGACUGCAUAAGCUGGGUGUGUCAAAGGUUACCCAAGUGGAUUUCCUGCCCAGGGAGGUGGUGUCCUACUCCAAGGAGACUCAGACCCCUUUGGCUACACAUCAGUCCGAAGAGGAUGAGGAUGAUGAGGAAAUGGUGGAACCUAAAGUUGGCCAGGAUUCUGAACUGGAAGAUCAGAACAAAAAACAGGAGGUGAAGGAAGCUCCUCCAAGGGAGCUGACAGAGGAAGAAAAACAGCAGAUCCUUCACUCAGAGGAAUUUCUCAUCUUUUUUGAUCGGACAAUACGGGUAAUUGAAAGAGCACUGGCAGAAGACUCCGAUAUCUUCUUUGACUAUAGCGGUCGAGAGUUAGAGGAGAAAGAUGGGGAUGUCCAGGCUGGAGCCAACCUUUCUUUCAGUCGUCAGUUCUAUGAUGAGCAUUGGUCCAAGCAUCGAGUAGUCACUUGUAUGGACUGGUCUCUCCAGUACCCUGAGCUGAUGGUCGCUUCCUACAACAACAACGAAGAUGCUCCCCACGAACCAGAUGGAGUGGCCUUGGUUUGGAACAUGAAGUUUAAGAAAACCACACCAGAAUACGUCUUCCACUGUCAGUCCUCCGUGAUGUCAGUCUGCUUCGCUCGUUUCCAUCCCAACUUGGUAGUUGGUGGGACUUACUCGGGCCAGAUUGUCCUGUGGGAUAAUCGCAGUCAUCGGAGGACGCCGGUCCAGCGGACACCCUUGUCAGCUGCUGCACACACGCAUCCCGUGUACUGUGUAAAUGUUGUUGGAACCCAGAAUGCCCAUAACCUCAUCACUGUCUCCACUGAUGGUAAAAUGUGUUCCUGGAGCCUGGACAUGCUCUCCACUCCACAGGAGAGCAUGGAGCUGGUGUACAAUAAGUCCAAGCCUGUGGCUGUUACCGGAAUGGCUUUCCCAACGGGAGACGUCAAUAACUUCGUGGUUGGCAGUGAGGAGGGUACAGUCUACACGGCCUGUCGUCAUGGAAGCAAAGCAGGUAUUGGGGAAGUCUUCGAAGGCCACCAAGGCCCAGUGACAGGAAUUAACUGCCACAUGGCAGUGGGCCCACUUGACUUUUCACACCUGUUUGUCACGUCAUCGUUUGACUGGACCGUCAAACUGUGGACCACAAAGCACAACAAGCCGCUCUACUCCUUUGAAGACAAUGCAGACUAUGUGUACGACGUCAUGUGGUCCCCCGUGCAUCCCGCGCUCUUUGCCUGCGUGGACGGGAUGGGGCGCCUGGACCUCUGGAACCUCAACAAUGACACCGAGGUUCCAACAGCAAGUGUGGCCAUUGAGGGGGCGUCUGCCCUAAACCGUGUUCGUUGGGCUCAAGGUGGCAAAGAGGUUGCCGUUGGGGACUCAGAAGGCCGUAUUUGGAUCUACGACGUUGGAGAGCUUGCAGUUCCCCACAAUGAUGAGUGGACCCGAUUUGCCAGGACCCUUGUGGAGAUUCGCGCUAAUAGAGCUGAUAGCGAGGAGGAAGGCACCGCUGAGUUAUCUACCUAGUGGAAGAGAGCGGUCCCCACCUUGACCUAAGAGAGCUCAGCAUCUGCAGUCAUCAAGUCUGCUUGUAUUCAGUGUCCAUUCAGUAUCAGUAUUGCUGUGACCUUUGGGGUGCCGUGUUGUGCCAGCUUCGCUCCGAGUAUUCCAAAUGUAUCCCACCCUACUGUCCACUGACCUGAAAUUCACCAGAGCAUUUCUGUAUAUUUCUGUCUCAAAAAUGGGGGUGGGGGGUGGGAGCCUUUUUGGGUUGAGUUGUUGCCUUUUAACUACUUAGUAGCUGUAUUUAAUAGCUGGAAACCUCUGGUUAAAUUUGUGCUUACACGCACUUCUGGCAUAGUCCUAUUAAAUCCAUAUGAAGCCAGAUAUGAUUAGGUACAGAUGUGGUGUGCUUCAUGCUAUGUUGCAGGGCCAGAGACUUGAGAUGUGGUGUUUUACACGGUGACUCACAUUAUGAAUGGAUUUACUAGAAGUACAUUGCUGCUCCUUAUUUAUUGUGGUGUGCUGCAUGGAACAUAUUUAUUUGAAAGCAUUAAAAUAAAUGAUCCUAGAGCAUGUGCAUAAUGAGAGGACUGCAUUGUCUCUGUUGCUGCUGAGGUUACAUUAAGUUCCAAAUAACAAUUACAGUAUGCCGGUUCCACUGAGGACAUGAAAUCGUUAGAGGUUUGUUGCAGGGAAUGGAAUGAAUUUUAAUGCCUAUUAUUUCUAGGUACGUUAACAAUAUUUCAAAUAUAGUUGAUCACUGAUACUUGUCAUUCAAGCUAACCCAGUCUGACAAAAGUCUGUGGGUCCUAAAUAUGACACCAGUAUCGCCAAUAAAAUGUUCCAAA